GAAAACCUCCAGUUUUAAUUUCAAUUUUCAAUGUCACUUCAUUGGCUGUGAAAAACUUGAUAAAUAUUUUAACCAUGUUGUUUAUUUAACUUAGCUUUACCGAUCAAAGUGCAAUUAGAUAAGACAUUUACUAGAAAGUAGUUUAUUCUGUGUAUGUUGUUAGCAUAUUGAAAAUGGCAGAAUAUGGUAAAUUCGGUCCUUUAAUCGGAGCAAUUGAUGAAGGAACCUCGAGUGCGAGAUUUAUUAUAUUUAAAGCUAACUCAUGUGAGGUAGUGGCGGUGCAUCAGAAGGAGUUGGAACAAUGUUUUCCCCAAGAAGGAUGGGUCGAACAGGAUCCCAAUGCGAUCUUGGAAGUGGUUAUCACUUGCAUAACAAAAGCUGUGGAGAAACUCGUGGCCUUAGGCGGAAAACCGAAGGAUAUAAUCGCUGUGGGUGUAACCAAUCAAAGGGAGACUACAAUUGUCUGGGAUAGAUUUACCGGGAAACCACUUCAUAAUGCCAUUGUAUGGCUAGAUAUGAGAACUUCAUCCACAAUAGACAAACUACUGGAUUUGGUGCCUAACAAGACAAGAAAUAAAAAUUACUUAAAGCCAUUAUGCGGUCUGCCCAUGUCACCGUACUUCAGCGCUGUGAAACUGAGAUGGUUGAGCGACAAUGUGGACGCGGUGAAACAGGCCAUGAAGAAGGGAUCCUGCUGCUUCGGAACUGUCGAUACCUGGAUCAUAUGGAACUUAACAGGAGGCGUUAAUGGCGGCAAGCAUAUCACGGAUGUCACGAAUGCCUCACGAACUAUGCUCAUGAACAUUGAAAAUUUAACCUGGGAUCCUCUUUUAAUGAAAUUUUUCGAAGUGCCAAAAUCGGUCCUACCAGAAAUUAAGUCGAGCUCCGAAAUAUACGGCUACAUAUCUGAUGGACCUAUCCGUGGCGUACCGAUAUCCGGCUGUCUCGGUGAUCAGCAAGCUGCCUUAGUCGGGCAGAUGUGUCUACAGCAGGGGCAAGCGAAGGCCACGUACGGAACCGGUUGUUUCGUCCUCUACAACACCGGCGACAUUCGCGUCAAUUCAAACCGGGGCUUGCUGACUACAGUGGCCUACCAGUUGGGGAGUCAAAACCCGCCUUGUUACGCUUUAGAGGGAUCGGUUGCGAUCGCCGGUGCCGCUCUGGGCUGGCUCCGAGACAACAUCGGACUGUUGGAUAGUGCCAACGACUCUCAACAAAUAGCGGAGAAAGCAACAGAGAACGGCAGUGUUGUUUUCGUUCCGGCAUUUAGUGGACUGUACGCUCCUUAUUGGAGACAAGACGCCAGGGGUGUAAUAUGCGGAAUAACGGAAGAUACGCAUUCAAAUCACAUCGUGAAAGCUGCCUUAGAAGCCGUCUGCUUUCAAGUGAGAGACAUAUUGGAUGCGAUGAACGAAGACUGCGGUAUACCUUUGCAGUUGCUUAAGGUCGAUGGCGGUAUGACUUCGAACGCGCUGGUAAUGCAAAUGCAGUCUGACUUGAUAGGCAUUAACGUUAUCAAAGCAGGUUUCACUGAGAGCACUGCUCUGGGCGCUGCCCUAGUCGCCUACUGGGGCCUGGACAGCAACAGAAUGGCAUCGCAGAUCGCUAUGUCCACUGGCAUCACCUACAUGCCAAAGAUAAGUGACGAUGAGAGGGAUAUGAGAUAUAAACAGUGGAAAAUGGCGGUAGAGAGAUCAUUGGGGUGGGAGCAAAACUGAGUGUUAAGGUACAAAUUUAAUAAUUAUACAUCGAUCAGGACAAAUAUCACACAAAGGCUGAAUUAAAUGCUAUCCACAAAUGUAUAUAUACGAAUUGUGAUUGGAAAUGAUUUUAUACAAAAUAUUUUUUAUUACAUUUAUACAAACCUAAAGGGAAAUUAUAAUUCAACGAAUUUUCAUCCUGCUUUAACUACCAAUUUCAUAAACAUAACAGUUAGUCAAAUCGUAAAGCUUGAUAUGUUUAAUGUACU